AUGAUAUCCCAGCCACCACAGAACCGCCAACCCCGCCUCCACAGAAACCCCAACCCAGCCGCCACAGAACCCCCAACCCAGCCGCCACAGAACCCCCAACCCCGCCGCCACAGAACCCCCAACCCAGCCGCCACAGAACCCCCAACCCAGCCGCCACAGAACCCCCCAACCCAGCCGCCGCAGAACCACCAACCCAGCCGCCGCAGAACCCCCAACCCAGCCGCCGCAGAACCACCAACCCAGCCGCCACAGAACCCCCAACCCAGCCGCCACAGAACCACCAACCCAGCCGCCACAGAACCCCCAACCCAGCCGCCACAGAACCACCAACCCCGCCGCCACAGAACCCCCAACCCAGCCGCCACAGAACCCCCAACCCAGCCGCCACAGAACCCCCAACCCCGCCGCCACAGAACCCCCAACCAAGCUGUCACAGAACCCCCAACCCCGCCGCCACAGAACCCCCAACCCCGCCGCCACAGAACCCCCAACCCCGCCGCCACAGAACCCCCAACCCCGCCGCCACUGAACCCCCAACCCAGCCGCCACAGAACCCCCAACCCCGCCGCCACAGAACCCCCAACCAAGCUGUCACAGAACCCCCAACCAAGCUGUCACAGAACCCCCAACCCCACCGCCACAGAACCCCCAACCAAGCUGUCACAGAACCCCCAACCCAGCCGCCACAGAACCAGUUGCCACAGAACCCCCAACCCCGCCGCCAACGAACUCCCAACCCAGCUGCCACAGAACCCCCAACCAAGCUGUCACAGAACCCCCAACCCCGCCAACAUCGAACUCCCAACCAAGCUGUCACAGAACCUCCAACCCCGCCACCACAGAACCCCCAACCCAGCCGCCACAGAACCAGUUGCCACAGAACCCCCAACCCCGCCAACACCGAACUCCCAACCCAGCUGCCACAGAACCCCAAUCCAACCGCCACAGAACCCCCAACCCAGCCGCCACAGAACCCCCAACCCCGCCGCCACAGAACCCCCAACCCCGCCGCCACAGAACCCCCAACCCAGCCACCACAGAACCCCCAACCCAGCCGCCACAGAACCCCCAACCAAGCCGUCACAGAACCUCCAACCCCGCCGCCACAGAACCAGUUGCCACAGAACCCCCAACCCCGCCAACACCGAACUCCCAACCCAGCCGCCACAGAACCCCCAACCCAACCGCCACAGAUCCCCCAACCCAGCCGUCACAGAACCCCCAACCCCGCCGCCACAGAACCCCCAAACCCGCCGCCACAGAACCCCCAACCCCGCCGCCACAGAACCCCCCACCCCGCCGCCACAGAACCCCCAACCCCGCCGCCACAGAACCCCCAACCCAGCCGCCACAGAACCCCCAACCAAGCUGUCACAGAACCCCCAACCCCGCCGCCACAGAACCCCCCACCCCGCCGCCACAGAACCCCCAACCCCGCCGCCACAGAACCCCCAACCCCGCCGUCACAGAACCCCCAACCCAGCCGCCACAGAACCCCCAACCCCGCCGCCACAGAACCCCCAACCCAGCCGCCGCAGAACCCCCAACCCAGCCGCCGCAGAACCCCCAACCCAGCCGCCAUAG